GGCCCGCGCCGGCCGCCACAGCCGCACCGGCCAUGGCAGCUGCUGGCAGCGCCGGGGCCGCCGCCGGGGCCGCCGCCGGGCUCCGACCGGCCGGCGGCCUCCGACAGUCCGGCGUGCUCGCCUCCUGCUUCUGCGUGAGUCUGGCGCUGGGCAGCUGCUUCAGUAUCGGCAACCUCACCACCUACGUGACGUCGUACCUGCGCGCGGGCGCGGCGCUGCCCGUCGACUACGCCGACACCAUGUGGCUCGACUCUGUGCUGCGGGUAACCAUGGGGCCGCUGUACGCGCUGGGUGGCCUGCUGCACGCCCGGCUCGGGCCGCGACCGGCCACGGCGCUGGGCGGCGGCCUGGUGCUGCUCGGUACGGCGCUCUCCACACUGGCCGUGCGCGGCCCGCUGAUCGGCCUCAUCGCCGCCUACAGCCUGCUGCAGGGCGCCGGCAUCGGCAUCGCCCUGGCCAGCGUCAGCCUGACCUGCGUGGCCUGGUUUCCGCGCCGCUGCGGACUGGCGCUGGGGGUCAACAUGGGCGGCUUCACGCUCGGUCCGGUGCUGUUCAACUGGGUGCAGACGGGCUACAUCAACCGGACGGGCGCCGAGCCGGCCGCCGGCGGCUACUUCUGGCAGCCGGAGCUGCUGCGCCGCGUGCCGGCGGCGUUCCUGCUGCAGGCGCUGGUGCAGGCCGGCCUGCUGACGCCAGCGCUGCUGCUGCUCCGCGCGGCGCCCGCACACGGCGGACAGCCGCACAAGGCCGGUCUCUCCGUGCGGCAGGCGCUGCGCACGCGCCGCUUCUACCAGCUGCUGCUCGGCUACGUGCCAACCAUGGUGGCCUUCGAGUUCUUCCAAGUGACGUGGAAGACGUUCGGUCAGACGUUCAUCAGCGACGACCGGCUGCUGAGCACGGUCGGCUCCGUGUCGCCGCUGUUCGCGCUGGCCGGUAACUUGCUCUGGGGCCAGCUGGGGGACGCCACGUCGUUCCGCUCUGCGCUGGUGGUGGCCAGCGGUCUGCUGACCAGUCUUCUGUGCACGGUGCCGGCGGCGCCGCGGCUGGGCGCCGCCGCCUACUGCGCCUGGGUGUGGGCGCUGGCGGCCAGCUGCGCGGCCCUCUUUGCCUGCCAGCUGCCGCUCCUCAGGGGAGAGUUCGGCGACCACAACGCCGGCGUGCUGCUGGGCCUGAUGAAUACGGCGCGCGCCCUCUUCACGCCGGUGACUCCGCUGCUGGCGCGUCUGCUGCUGCUGCGCCGCGACGGCUACCCCGUGCUGUUCCUGGUUCAGGGCGGCUUCGCGCUGGUCGCCAUGUGCAGCCUUAUCUCGGUGACGACUGCCAGUGACGCGGCGGCGGCGCGGCGCGCAGAGGCCAAGCAGGCGGAGGCGGCGGCACGGCCGUGACCGGACGGCGCGCCAGACUGGAAGCAGGAAGCGGCUCAGACUGGGGGGGGGGGGGGGUGCGCCGGCGCCCGGCCUGAUGAUCCCUACUGGAGGGACCACCCGCCCGUCGAUAGGGGGCUACUGAGCAGCCAACCCUCCAACUGGGACGGCGUCUCGCGAAAGUGUCACAAUGCAGUGCCAGUAAGCAGCCAAAUAAAUCAGAGAGCACACA